UUACUAGAAGAAAAAAAGAACGUGGGGCAUUUUUGAAUUUUUUUUUUUGAUAAGCACUGAUGAGUAUUAAUCUCCAUCUCUAUUCAUUGAAUUUUGUGAGACGCCGGAGAUAUUUAAUCCAGCUAGCAAGAUCAAUAACCUAUCAGAACUCUAAAUUCUCUUCCCACUGCUAUAACUUUUUAUCUUUUUCUUCUCUAUUUCUCAAUCAUGGUGGUCAAAGAACAAGGUUCAUCAUCUUAUUCACUCGCGCCAUAUCCUCAAGAAGACACGCCUCUUCUCACGAAUUCACCACCCCUCUCUUCCCAAUUCAAAACCUGCGCCAACAUCUUCAUCGCCAUCGUCGGCGCCGGAGUUCUCGGUCUCCCUUACAGUUUCAAACGAACCGGUUGGGCUGCUGGUUUAAUCAUGCUCUUCGUCGUCGCUUAUAUAACCUACCACUGCAUGUUGCUUCUAGUCAAGACGCGUCGGAAACUCGAAUCAGUUACGGGUUUCUCAAAAAUCAAAUCUUUUGGCGAUUUGGGUUUCGCCGUUUGUGGCCGAUUCGGUCGGUUCUCAGUUGAUGCGAUGAUUGUUCUUUCUCAAGCUGGUUUCUGUGUUAGUUAUCUUAUUUUCAUUUCUUCCACUUUAGCUUUUCUCGCUGCCGGUGACUCUACCGGAGAAUCUGUUCCGGUGUUUUUGGGUUUGACUUCGAAGGUUUUGUUUCUUUGGGGGUGUUUUCCUUUUCAAUUAGGGUUGAAUUCGAUUAAGACUUUGACUCAUUUAGCUCCUUUGAGUAUUUUUGCGGAUGCUGUUGAUAUUACUGCUAAGAGUGUUGUUAUGGUGGAAGAUGUUUUUGUUUUCGUCAAGAAUAGGCCAAGUUUGGAAGCUUUUAAGGGUUUCUCUGUGUUUUUCUAUGGUAUAGGUGUUGCUGUUUAUGCUUUUGAAGGGAUUGGGAUGGUUUUGCCUUUGGAAAGUGAGACUAAAAAUAAGGACAAGUUUGGUAGGGUGUUGGGUUUAGGGAUGGGUAUGAUUUCUCUAUUGUUUGGUGGUUUUGGUUUAUUAGGUUACUUUGCUUUUGGUGAGGAAACUAAGGAUAUUAUCACUACGAAUCUAGGUCAAGGUUUGGUGAGUGUUGUGGUUCAAUUAGGGCUUUGUAUUAACUUGUUUAUUACUUUUCCUUUGAUGAUGAAUCCUGUUCAUGAGGUGUUUGAGAGAAGGUUUUGGGGUUCUAGGUAUUGCUUGUGGUUGAGGUGGUUGUUGGUUUUGGUUGUGAGUUUGGUGGCUGUUUCGGUGCCUAAUUUUGCUGAUUUUCUUUCACUUGUUGGAAGCAGUGUUUGUGUUGUUCUUGGAUUUGUGUUGCCUGCUCUGUUUCAUUGUAUGGUUUUCAAGGAGGAGUUGGGUUGGAGAUGCAUGGUUUCUGAUGGGGCAAUUAUGGCUUUUGGCUUUGUUGUUGCUGUUACUGGAACCUUUAGCUCUGUGGCAGAGAUUCUUUCUCCUAAGGCCUGAUUUGAUUUGGAAGAACUGCAAAUUUUCAGAUUCUUUCUCCUAAGGCCCGAUUGAAUGAUGAUUAUGUGUGAUGAAACUACGAAUUCUUUGUUGCUGUAUUUUGUAUUUUUUUUUAUGUAAAAAGUUGUAGCCACGGUUUGUUGGGAUUGAUGAAAAUAAAGGGAACAUGUGCUAGUGAUAGUGUUCCUUGAACAUUUUUGAA